AACAAAACGCAAAGCAUCUUGUGACCAUUGGAAGAAGUGUUAACACGAGCCUCAACUUUUUGUUCUCUGAUCUUAAAACUUUCAAAAUUUUGCCAGCCUGAGCGUUUUUGAACUACGGACUUACGAUCAAGGUCGUUGCUGGUUCGCCUAAUGAAGAUGCCAUCAAAUAAGACUAGUUGGUGUCCUGGAUUGUGUUGGUCUAUUGUGUGGCUGCUCAUCUGGUUCUUGGCUUGGCCAAUGGCUUUUGUGCUAGCCAUAGUUGAAGUAUUCAUCAUUCCUUUCUGUGUUUGUUUCGAGAAAGCCAAAACGGCAUGUGAAUUCAUCGACAGAAUAUAUAAGGUUUUUGCAUUCGAUCCAAUAGAUAAUGCUAGAUAUAUGCGUCCAUUGUUGUAUAAUCCUGGUAUACCUGUUCCUUCUUCAGAUCCAGAUGCUCCACAAUUUGUUUGAUAUUAAAUGCUAAUGUGUUGUAAUGAUACCAUUAAAUAAUUUCUUGUCAAUGUCACAUACAUACCUCGUAUCGAUUCAAUCAAGAAAAGAGAAAGAAAUCUACACUUGUUUAUUUCCAGUUUUAUUUCAUAUUAUUAUUCUUUAUUAAUGCCUUCAUUGUUUAAUUCAUAUUCCAUUGCAUAUUAACAAUAACAUGUGUUUAUAUAUCUACUGCUUAAUGUAUCGCGUUUUUUUCAAGGUUUUGUUGUGUAUUUUCAUGUUAUCAUUUGGUCCUUGUUUGGCUUAUGGUUAACCUAUGAUAUAUAUAUAUAUAUAUAUAUAUAUAUAUAUAUAUAUAUAUAUAUAUAUAUAUAUAUAUAUAUAUAUAUAUAUAUACGUCUAUGUACAUCUGUGUUAAGCGGAACUAUAUGCGUACAUAUUCCCACAGUUGGUUUUACACAAUCUCUUUGCUAACUAGUAAGCGUGUUUUGCUUCAUCGCAUUUUAACUCUGUUCUCACUGAGAUUCUUCAUGAAUAUACCUCUACUAUAUUCCAUAAACCUAUACGGAUGUAUUAAAAUGUGUGAGUAGAUUGGUUAUAAAUUAACAAGUGUAUACAUAAUCACAUCUCCCACUUCUAUUCAAACUAUGAACUUUUUCUGUUUGUGUACGGCUUUAUAUCGCAUCUACUAUUGUAACAGUAACUAAAUUUCACCUUUAUUUAUCAAUAUUAUUAUUAACGUCGGAAAAUAAUAGUGGAGAAUGAUUUCUGUGAUAGAUUCAGUACGGAUUCAUAGUUAUUCUUUAAUUUUACAUGUACGACUAUAAGCUAAUUAACUGCAUUCCUUUGUUGAUUAUUUUUAUUGUUUGAUUUCCACUUAAAAAUUACCCUUCUAAUAAAGAUUGGGAAGUCAUACAAAUAUUGUCAUAAAUUUUAAAAAUCGAUUAGCUUUUCAAAAAGCAUUUUUCUCUUUUAUUUAUCUGUUUACUUAACUCUUAAUUAUCUGUAAUUCCUUCCUUUUUAUUUAAAAACAAUAUUCAGUAAUGUCAUAAUUGAGGUAAUAUUCAAUUAUUUAAUUGUGCUCUUAUAUAAUUUACUGUUUUCAGUUCGCCUUUAUUGUUUAUACUCAAUCAGUUUACAGGAGAACUGUGAAGCUGUCAUGAACAUAUUGUCAAAUGUAUUGUGUAAUUCACCUUAAAUAUUUUUCGUAUAUUUAGUCAGCACAUAAAACCAAAGUUUGUUUAAACAUAUAUACCCUUUGAAUCGUACUGUGGAGGCAGAAUACUUUUAUCCAUCAAUGAUUUGUAAACGAGUAAUGAUUGAUGGUAUUCUCACUCACAUCGUUCUAGUUCGAAGACUUAUUGGAUGACCUCAUAUAUUAUUAUCACAGUGAUGAGAUUUCAUACAUGUGUUGCUAUUACACUUACUGAGCAGACCACGUAUUUCACGCAACGGAGAACUACUCAAAUUCGUUUUCGCAGUUUAUUUUGAUAUCAACUUAAUAUUAAUUACCAUUUUUAAACAAAUUUCAACUAUGUUUACUUCAUAGGAUAAUUAUACUUUCAACUCGUAUCUUUUGACUCAUAUAAAAAUCACUACAUAAGUUGGAAUAAUCACCAAUGUUUUUAAAAAUAUGUUCUUUACAAAAUAAUUGAAUUUCAUCUACGAGUGGUACUUAUGAUUUACAGUGAAAUUUUUUUGAUAAACUGUCUUCAAUAGAAAAUUUGUUCACGUAAAAUAUAUCCAUA